GCAAGCCUGUUAGAUGGGACGCCCCGGCAGUCCGGGCGAGUUGAGGAGGCCUGGGCCCGGCUCUUUCCCGCCGGUGCUCUGAGUCCGGGGGCUCCGACCCGUAAAGAACUUGUGCAAAGAGUGGCACGUGUACUUCCAGAGCGCGACGAGAUCAGGAGCGUGCGGUCAGCUGGGCACCCGGGGGCGCGUCAGGCCUCCCAGCGCUCUUCCUCCGGGAGCAUGUCCAGAGACGAGUUCAGCAAGAAAGAUUAUUUUUCAGUCAGAAAUGUUCUAGCUUCAAUCCAAACCAAAGAAGAUCUGAACCUCAAGUUGAUAAGUGGAGAUGUUCUGUACAUCUGGGCCGAUGUCAUUGUCAACACCGUUCCCAUGAAUCUUCAGCUUGGAGGAGGAACACUAUCUUGGGCAAUUUUGCACAAAGCUGGUCCCAUGCUCCAGAAAGAGUUAGAUGCCACCAGGCAGGAAGCAGAGGAGAAAGUGGGUAGCAUAUUCAUGACAAGUGGCUGCAAUCUGGACUGCAAAGCUGUGCUCCAUGUGGUGGCUCCAGGCUGGGAUAAUGGAGCAGGGACUUCUUGGCAGAUCAUGGCAAAUAUAAUCGAGAAAUGUUUGACAACCGUAGAACAGCUGUCUUUCUCAUCAAUUACAUUUCCCCUGAUUGGAACAGGAAAUUUGCAGUUUCCCAAAGCUGUUUUUGCUAAACUAAUCCUUUCAGAAGUGUUCAAAUACAGUAGCAGAGCAAGGCCGAAAACUUUACAAGAAGUCCACUUUCUGGUACAUGCAGAUGAUGAUGAAGGCUAUCAGGCAUUUUUAGAUGAAUUCACAAAAUGGUCAAGAAGAAAUCCCAACAAAGCCAGGAUUCCCGUGGCUGGAGAUACCCAAGGUACCUUGGGGACUGUCUCUAAUCCUUGGUUCACAGCAUAUGAAAUGAAAAUUGGUGCAAUUACUUUUCAGGUUGCUACUGGAGAUAUAACUGAAGAAAAGGUAGAUGUUAUUGUAAACUCAACAACAAGGAUAUUUAGUCUGAAAUCAGGUGUGUCAAAGGCUAUUUUAGAAGGUGCUGGACCAGCUGUGGAAAAUGAAUGUGCUAUACUAGCUGCACAGCCUCACGGAGAUUUCAUAAUUACACAAGGUGGAGGCUUAACAUGUGAAAUAAUAAUUCAUGUUCUUGGGGAAAAUGAUGUCAGGAGAACGGUCACCAGUGUUCUAGAAGAGUGUGAACAGAGGAAGUACACCUCAGUUUCCCUUCCAGCCAUUGGAACAGGAAACGCCAGAAAAAACCCAGUCACAGUUGCUGAUAACAUAAUUGAUGCUAUUGUAGACUUCUCAUGGAGACAUUCCACCCCAUCAUUAAAAACAGUUAAAGUUGUCCUCUUUCUACCCGAGCUGCUAAAUGUAUUCUAUGACAGCAUGAGAAAGAGAGACAUCACCGCAUCACCGACCUUUCAAUUCACAUUCUCCACGACUACAUAUAAUCUUCCUGAACACUGGACUGACAUGAAUCAUCAGCUGUCUUGCAUGGUCCAGCUACACCCAGGACAAUCAGAAUAUAAUACCAUAAAGGACAAGUUCACCCAAACUUGUUCUUCCUACACAAUAGAGAAGAUUGAGAGAAUACAGAAUGCGUUUCUUUGGCAGAGCUACCAGGUAAAGAAAAAGCACAUGGAUAUCAAGAAUGGCCAUGUGAAUAAUGAGAGACUCCUCUUCCAUGGGACAGAUGCAGACUCAGUGCCCCACAUCAAUCAGCACGGCUUUAAUCGAAGUUAUGCUGGGAAGAAUGCUGUAACCUAUGGAAAAGGAACCUAUUUUGCUGUGGAUGCCAGCUAUUCUGCCAAGGACACCUACUCCAGGCCAGACAGCAGUGGGAGAAAGCACAUGUACAUUGUGCGAGUACUUACUGGAGUCUACACGCAGGGACAUGCAGAAUUAGUUACUCCUCCACCCAAGAAUCCUCACAGUGCCACAGAUCUCUUUGACUCGGUGACAGACAAUACACUAUAUCCAAGGCUAUUUGUGGUAUUCUUUGAUAAUCAGGCUUACCCAGAAUAUCUCAUAACUUUCAGGUGUUAAAAAUAUUUUCACCAUCAAAGAGAUGAUUUAAGUAAUCUGUAAGAACAAUGUGCAAUCUUUGUCUUUGCUUUUGGCUUGUUUAAGCAGACAAAACUUUCCCUUUCAGGUGCUAACAUGCUGAAAAUUACCUUUUUAAAAUGCUCUGUCGCUGCAAUUUGUAGCAUACCUUUUUUUCUGAGCAAAUUGAUGGAUGGAAGCUGAGAAAUGUGUGGUAAAUGUCACAGUUACAGCUACAACUAUUCAUAGACACCAGAUCUCUAGGAGAAUAAAAAGCACAUUAUUCUUUUCUAUCAGAAAAAAACAAGAUACAUCAUCUUAAAGCCAAAAUGACAUUGUUCUUCCUGGAACAUGUUAAGGCCUCAAACUGUGGCAGGUUAAACUGUACUACUUAAGUGGAGAGGCUACUGUUACACAUCUUUAAUAGCUGGGGAUUUCACCUUAUUAAGAUAAACUUGUCAAUAGUUCAGCUGAAAUGACUGAAUCACAGAAUAUUACCUCAACUCUGUUAUGGAACACAUCAUAACAGAUUUUACCUCAUGACACAACAGCUGGCUUACUCCAGAGUGAGCAACUCAAGAGAGCAAGGCAGAAGCCACCAAGUCUUUAUGACUGAAGUCAUACACUACCGAGAACCAGCUCGGUCGGGAGACUCCCACCCAGGCAGGCUGAAGGUAUUUAAGAGGCAGACACUCAGAUAACACAACAGAGGGGACCUAUCCUGGGGACCAACAGCCUGACAGCCCGUGGGGCUGACAGCUUUCCAGGGCUGAAGGCCCUGAGCAGAGCUUCAUCCACGUAUUUAUUUGCUCUUUGACAGGUGAUUCUUAUUAAUACACAGGUGUUCUACAUAUUCACAUAACUCAGGAAUAUACCAGGUAGGCAGCUGUUACCCACCUACCGCUAAUAACAACCUAAAAGUAACUUCAUUGGGGGAGGCUAAACUUAAUGUUUCUCAACAAUACACCAUCUUUUCUGAAGUAUACUAUUGAUUACUUGGAUCAGCUUGUUCAAUCCGGGAGGGAAUUACACAAGGGCCUGAAUACACACUGGCAAGGCUCAUUGGGGGCCAUCUUGGAAGUUGGAUGAUUGAGCAAAUGAAUGCACAAAUAGAAUGUUAGCAGUAAAAAUGAUGUUAGAGAUCCCCUACUCCACUGUCCCCUUGUCCUUCUCCCCCAGCCUUCCCCUGCUCCCAGGCAGGAAGCCCUCUAACCUGUGCUUGAUCACUUUCAGCACUCAGCAUCUUGAGGAAACCUAUUCCACUGUAGGACAGCGUUAUUUACUGGAAAACUUUUUUUUUUUCAAAAGUUGAAAUCAGUUCCUCUAUGUCUAUUAUCUACUGAUCACUGUCCAGACCUAUGGAGGACACAGAAUAAGUUUUAUUCCUCCUACUGAUGGUAGCCUUUCAGAUCUAUCCCUUUCCUCUAGUAUAUUAGAGUCACAUAAAUUCUUAAAAUGCUUAACAGCUCAUUUCUCCUGAAGCAUCACUUGUGAAGAGUUACAGACAUUUAAGAAGUAUUUGCGUUAUUAUAAAUAAAUUACAUGCACAUUUAAAGAGGACAGAAGACUAUAAAGAAAAAUAACUCACCAAACUCACUCGUAAUUCCAGCACUGAGGGAAAACCACUGCCAGUUUCUCAUGUUUUCCCUUCCAGUUUCUUCUCCAUCCAAAUUCAACAAAGUCAAAAUCACAUUUU